GUCGGGCCUGGUUGCAAUCUUCCGGGGAGCGGGGGCGGGGCUGGCGAGGAGCCGGAGCUGUGCGGGACACUAGGAAACUUGGUGCCCCACGCAGCGGCCCGUGGGUAAGGACGGCCCUGCCGGGAGGGAACCGCUAGGGCGGAGCAGCUUCCUCCUCCCCCUGCCGCAAAGGAAGCCGCCGCUACAGCCCGCUCCGCCCCUCCACGUGAGCUCCCUGCCCCGGGGCCCUGCUCUCCGCCUGGCCGCUCCAGAGAGGCGCGGAGCUGGGGAGGGCGCAGCCGGCCAGGGUCUAGGUAGCAGCAGCGCUCGGCCCUCGCCUCCUGCCCUGGGGGUGUCUCGGGCUAGACACGGGGCAAAGCCUCCCAUUUCCUCCCGGGACCAUGAGACUCUCCGCGGGGGCUGCCAGCCCUGUGCACGCUGCGGCGCUGCUGCUGCUCGCCGCCGCCUGUCUCUCCGCGUCCGGGACUACAAAUACAUCCAUUCCAACCACAAUCACACAAUCCACUUCAAAUACUUCAGCAAGUGCUAUAAAUGUCACUCGCACGACUACAUUGGGUUCUACCAAAACAACCGCCACCCAGACCACCACCACCAACAACAACCUGACAACCACCACCACCACCAACCUGACAACUAUAUUAACCACCACCUCAAAACCCACAACAACCAUACAAUCAACAGCCAGUGUCACAGUGACCACUUCCAAGACUAUGUCUCCUUCCAGCUCCGUAACAGCCACGCCCAAAUCUGCAACUGUGCUAGCCAGAACUUCCAGAUUUGAUGUGGGCAGUUUUUUCGGUGGCAUUGUGCUGACACUUGGAAUGUUAGCCAUUCUCUACGUUGGAUGUAAAACAUAUCACUCAAGAAGAGGUGUUCAGUACAGAACCAUUGAUGAACAUGAUGCUAUCAUUUAAAGAUACUUCAGAGAAGACAUGGGGAAAUUCCACCCGAUCACUGCUUUUAGAACAUCUGUUUGAAAAAGUUUUUUUCCUUUCAUAUAGUCCCAGUCUCUAAUUCAUUCAUAGAUCUGAUCCCGCACAGUGUCAAGAUCUUCCCAAGCACCCUGAGCUCCCAUUUAUUUCAAUGGGAGCUGGAGGAAGUUAGUACUUUGAGAAACAUGCCCUGUUGUUGAUGCAAUUAAAAAAAAAAUCCUUUAAAGUUUGUUACCUAAUGAUGAACUGAAAUGCUUUUUAAAAUAAAUGCAUAGAAACUUUGAGAUACCAAAUCAUUACCAUAAUAUACCACGUGACAUUACAAUUGUGAAUACAUUUGAUUAUUGCCUACAUACUCCAUAAAUGUGGAUGGUUCUACGCUGGGUACAACAGGCUGACUUUGCUACUGUUUUGUAUUAAAAUGUAUUUAUUUGUAACUUGAAACUUGAGAUGAACUUUUGUUAAUGAUUUGGGAACCUCAGACUUUGUUUUUUAACAAAAAUAUUUCAGUUCAGUGCUGAUGAAAGUAAAGGGAUGUGAGAUUGUUCCAAUUUAUCAAAUUACAAUUUAUAAUGUUGUAAACUAUCCAGAACAGGAUGAUAGAAAACGUACUUAAAAUAUGGUCUACCGAUGAUCGGUGAUCUGUGGGCAUAUUCCUUGAUGGGUCUGCCCAGAGACUACUAUUCAUAGUGGGGGGACACAAUUUAAACGUUCUGGUGGUAUGCAGCGGGGUUCAGGGCAGGGCAUAUCAACCCUGGCAGAAAUCUGAGGGGGCACGUGACCCUAUGUGCUUCUUCCACCACAUUGUCUCUGGGUCUGCAGAAUAAAAUAUAGUGAGAAUCAAGCUGUGGGGGACUGGGAAGGGGAGGAGAUACAGUCUAUGCGAGUACUUGUCUCUUAUGAAGUGGUCUAUAAGUUGAAAUGGGCUAGAUAAUCAUUGUAAUAUACAGGUUUUAUUUAGAAUUAAAUUAGUAGUUCAUAUCCAGCAAGUCACAAUGGUAUGAUUGAGAUAAACUGUAUUUUUUUUUUUUUUAAAGGUUUGCCUCCUACUGUGAAUAUGAAGAUUUCCACUGAAAA